AGACAGGCUAAGACCUUCAUAUAGUCCGGACGGCAGCUAGGAGGAAUAUGUCAACAGAAAACGCACUCUUGAAACGGCUGAAGAAUGGCGGGAAUCUGGUGGUGGCGGAGGGAUACAUUUUCGAGUUCGAGCGAAAAGGCUACCUUCAGGCGGGCACUUUUGUGCCGGAAGUGACUAUCGAGCACCCGGAACUGGUCAUGCAGAUGUACGAGGAGUUUGUGCAUGCCGGAAGUGACGUCGUUCUAGCAUUUACGUACUACGCCCACCGGGAGAAAUUGCGGUUGAUUGGGCGCGAGAAUGAGUUGGAGGCUAUGAACCGCGCAGCCCUGCAGAUGGCGCGGCAAGUGGCGGACAAACAUGGCUGCCUUAUGGCCGGCAACAUCUCCAACACCACCGCGUACAUUCCAGAUGACCCGGAGUCACAUGCUAAGGUCGAACAGAUAUUCAAGGAGCAAGUUGUUAUAGCGGCAGAGGGUGGGGCGGAUUAUAUUGUUGGGGAAACGUUUGGCCACUUCGGGGAGGCCAGUAUAGCUCUUCAAGCCAUCCUAAAGUAUGGCAAAGGUCUGCCGGCCGUGAUCACGCUAUCUCCCCCGGCCACAGACACUAUGAUAGACGGGGUGACGCUUGCAGACGCCUGCAAGCGCCUGGAGGAUGCAGGGGCCGCCGUGGUCGGGCUCAAUUGCGGCCGCGGCCCUGAAACAAUGCUUCCGGCUAUCAGGGAGAUCAUGAAAGUUUGCAAGGGUCCCGUCGCAGCCCUUCCGGUGACCUAUAGGACCACCCCACAGGAGCCGACGUUUUUCUCGCUAACAAUUCCCGGCACAAAAAGUCGUGCGUUUCCUUUGGAGCUUUGCACAUGCCUGUGUGGGAGAUGUCACAUUGAAGAGUUUGCCAAUCAGUGCCGUGAGAUGGGGGUUCAAUACGUCGGGCUCUGCUGCGGAAACUCGGCAAACAUGACGCGCAUUGUCGCCCAGGGUUAUGGACGGACACCACCGGCAGCCCGGUACGCGCCAGCCAUGGAAAAACACUUCAUCUUUGGCGACAAGACCAAGUUCAAGGACACGUACACAGAGGGAAUCCGUGCGCAUGUCGGAGGAGACUUUGAUUGAGAGUAAAGCUAAGCUCUGGUGUGAGGAUUUGGGUAUUGCAUGAAAGCUGUACAUACAUAUUUUUAACAUUCUGUAUACCAAUGCUAUAUUAUAUUGUUAGUUGAACAUAUUCAUUUUACUACGAAGUAUUUACAUUUUAUCACAUGCUAUACCUUGUUUCCGGUUUAAGAUAACCAUCACGUAUUUUUCUGUAUCACAAAUGCGUAAUGUAACAUUGCUGUAUUUCUAUUGGUCAGAAAAUAUUUUACUCCACAGGUUUGCAAAGAAAUUACUUGGAAAAAAUACAGUAUUACAGUUUUCAAGAGAAAACAUGGUAUUUCGUCUUUAUUUUAUAAAUACUAUAUUUUAAAGAUGGUGGGUAUUUCAUGUUUUGAAAACAAUGUGAAAAGCAUCUGACACUCAUAAUAUUAUACACCAUUUUAUUCAACUCGUCUAGAAAAUAAAUUAUGUGAGUAAGCUCGCCAAAGGCUCGCUUUCUAACGUUUUUCUGAACGAUUUGAAUAUAAAUGUGUGUUAUAUGACGACUCUUUAGAUAUCUUAUAUAAAUAAACACUGCCCUUGGCACGACGCGAUAUGUUCGUCUUGUGUAUAUAAUAUUAAGACUUGUUCAUGCUAAGUGUACGUUUCUGGAGACGGGUUUUAUUUUAUGUUUUUUGGGUUAUGCUUUAUUUUUCAUGCGUUUUAAAGUAUACACUUUUUGGGGACGGCUUUUAUUGGCAUGUAUUAGGACACUUGUGCUAUGUACUAGUUCGAUUUUGUAUUUUCCUUACCAUGAACAUACAUGUAUCUAAGUAGUGAAUUAGCGGAGAUCGAGAACUUUGCAUCAGAGUGUAUAGAAAAUGUUUUGGAUUUUUAGUAGCUUCAACCCUCUUAUUUAAGUGUUAUGUCCUCGCGCCACAAUUUGGGGAACUCGAAAUUUUCAAAAUGGCGUCCAAAAUGGCCGCCACAUUUUACCCUAAUCAACACUUGACUUUUAAUUUUGUUUUAAUGCUUCAAUUCCUGAUAUACGAGCUGAGUAUGUGAUCCUCUGUUUUCCCGUGUUCACUUCUUGGCCUGUAUUGCCAGUACCUGUCGAAGAUAUAGAGGGUAUUUGUUGAAUUCAGUGUAAGAUCGUAUUUUAUUUCACGAGUGGUCACAGAAAAAAACAUUUUCACGAGUGGCGUAUAUAUGCUCGCACAUAUAUAUCAUGUUAUAUCAUCGUUCAAGUAUCUUUUUAACUGUUUUUCCUUGUAAUACGUAAAACGAACCUCACGGAAAAUUCACACAACAUUUUAAACAAAAAGCUAUGAUUUUUUACCCCACCCACGCUUCAAAAUUUGUCAACAACCUAGUGUGGUCUUCACUAUUUAGCGAAUCAGACUGAUUUCUGACAGUAAGGGAUGACUGACUUCCCAUGUAUCAUGAAACAAACUCUAAAACUAAGAAAAAUAUCUUUAUCCAAUGAGUAUCUACAAUUGUUUGCUAACACGUUCGACCUUUCAAAUUUUUAUUCAAUAAAUGGCGGCGUGGUAAUUUCGUCAUGUAUUCAUGCCUUGUUUUAUUUAUAAGUGUUUCGUUAAUUUUUUGGAACAUAUAUGUAUAAAUAAAAGUUCAUAAAAUGUUUGCACUAGAACAACUAGUAAAUAAUAUACUAUUAAGACAAUAUCGGAAAACUUUGUCCACGAGCUGGAAAUAGAAAAUUGACAGCUACGUCAUCAGCUAUCUUUUUGAAAAGAGGGUCUUUAGAAAAAUAAAUCAAAAUACUAGUCUAGUUAAACUCCGAAAAAAAGCAUAAAAGAACAGAAAUUUGAAUUCGCUUCUUGUUAACAAGUGUUUUUCUAUGAUACUCGUGAAAUAAAACUCGAUCUUACACUGAAAUCAGCAAAUAUCCUCUAUAUUCUCAGUUUCAUUUUAAAAUUAGCAAAGAAAUAUCGAAGUUUGAGCGUUAAUGAUCAUAACAGGAUCAUUACAGGACACUAGACAUGUUCAUUAGUGUUAAAUGUCCGGCAUUAUUUGUGUACGGAAACUAUUAGAGCAUGGUGUCACGUCAGACUCGUCCCUAACUAAUAUCUUGAAGUCAUAGUGUGUGUACAAUACGGAUACAGUGUAGUGUUAACAUCGAAAGAUUUAUUUUUGAGCUGACUGAUAAACAGGAAGAGUAAAGUUUGAGAAUACAUGGUUUGAUGGAAACAAAAUGCAAUUUUUGGGAUUUAAGUGUUUAAUUUAAUUAAGAUUUUUCGAGAUGAGUUUCAAACAGUGCACCAUCGCAGUUUUAAUGGGCAUCUGUUUGCUCAUUUCGAAUGGUAUGUAUUAAAUUAUAUUCUUAAUUUUGUUAUGGCUAUAACUAUGUAUCUUCGUGGUAAACAGUACCGUAAUUAUAUUUUCACUCAGCAGAGACAAAUACUACGAGCAGUUAUGUUUUAAGUUUAAACUGAAACAUAUAUACGGAUUUACAAUUGUGUGAUAAAAUAAGUCCAAUCCCCGUGCGCUUGUUUCAAAUAAAGCAACUAAGGAAGCGCCAUGUGGACUUCCAAAUGUCCACUUCAUGUUUAUAUUAUAGGAUUGCAUCAUUUGAUUGUACACAACUUUAAUAUUUAAUAAAAUA